AUGAUGUGGACUGUGUGGCUUUGUACCCGUCGCGCAGCUCUACUAACCGGCUUCAUACUGCACAUAUUUCCCCAGACUGUCCGAGGUGUGAACGUGUGUGUAAGUGGCAGUGCCACUACGUGUGAGGAAUGCCUACUGCUUCACCCGAGCUGCGCCUGGUGCGCCCAAGAGGACUUUGAAAGGGCAAGGACACUUAUGUCAAGGUGUGAUCUGAGUCAAAACUUACUGAAAAGGGGCUGUCAGGCUCGUUAUAUCGAAAACCCCAGAAGCAUCAGUUCCAUCCUCAAAAACAAACCCUUGAGCUCCAAAGGCUCUGGCUCUGCACAGUAUGAUGGCGUUCAGAUCCAGCCACAGAAGAUCUUGCUUAGUCUAAGACCUGGCGAUCAGACCUGGUUUGAGAUGCAGGUACGCCCGGUUGAAGAUUACCCUGUUGAUCUGUACUACCUGAUGGAUCUCUCACUGUCCAUGAAUAAUGACUUACACACUAUUCGUGACCUGGGAACAAAACUGGCUGAGGAAAUGAAGAAGCUCACUAGUAAUUUUCGUCUUGGCUUUGGCACAUUUGUGGAUAAGAACCUGUCGCCCUUUUCUUACACAGCUCCUAAAUAUCAGGAGAACCCCUGCAAUGGAUACAAGCUAUUCCCAAACUGUGUCCCCUCAUUUGGCUUCCGUAACCUCUUAUCUCUGACCGAUAAGGUGGACAGAUUCAAUGAGGAGGUACAGAAGCAGAUGGUAUCACGCAACAGGGAUGCACCUGAAGGUGGAUUUGAUGCUAUUCUACAGGCUGCUGUAUGCAAGGAAAGAAUUGGUUGGAGGAAAGAGGCCUAUCACCUGCUGGUUUUUGUCACAGAUGAUGUACAUCAUCUGGCUUUGGAUGGCAAGCUGGCAGGGCUUAUUCAGCCUCAUGAUGGCCAGUGCCACCUCAAUGAAAAGAACGAAUACAGCGCUUCAACCAAAAUGGAUUACCCUUCAUUAGCUCUCCUUGGAGAAAAGUUGGCUGAAAACAACAUUUUCCUGAUUUUUGCAGUAACCAAAAGACAUUAUGUUCUUUAUAAGAACUUCACUGCUUUAAUCCCAGGGACUACAGUGGAGAUUCUGGACAAAAGCUCCAAAAACAUAAUCCAGCUGAUUGUUACUGCAUAUAAUAACAUCCGCUCUAAGGUGGAGCUGAGUGUGUGGGAUCACCCUGAGGACCUCAGCUUGGCAUUUACAGCUACCUGUCAGGAUGGUAAACCUCUUACAGGUCUGCGCAAGUGUGCUGAUUUGAAAAUCGGAGACACAGUCUCCUUUAACAUAAGUGUGGCCGCCCAUAGCUGCCCUCCAUGGGGCACCCAGAAGAGUUUCACCAUUAAGCCGGUUGGUUUUAAAGAUCGUCUGGAGGUAUCUGUGGAUUACCAAUGUGGAUGCGAAUGCACACGCUCCACUCAGGCCAAAAGCAGCCGCUGCAGCUCCGCAGGCACGUACUCUUGUGGCAGGUGCCAAUGUGAGCCCGGCUAUCGCGGCGCUCACUGUGAGUGCCAGGAGGAAGAAGUGGGCAGCCUGAACCUGGCCGCCUGCAGAGAAUCUGAAGACAAGCAGGUGUGCAGUGGACGGGGGGAGUGUAGCUGUAACCAGUGCUGGUGCUACGAAUCUGAGUUUGGCAAGAUCUACGGCACCUUCUGUGAGUGUGAUGACUUCUCCUGUGCCCGUCACAAAGGGAUCCUGUGCUCAGGCCACGGUGAUUGUCACUGUGGUGAGUGUAAAUGCCAUGCCAGCUACAUUGGAGACAACUGUAACUGCACAAUAGAAACAGCUGCAUGUGUGUCUGAAGAUGGUCGGAUGUGCAGUGGACGGGGCAGCUGUGCGUGUGGCCGCUGCCAGUGUACUGAGCCAGGGGCAUUCGGGGACACGUGUGAGAAAUGCCCCACCUGCCCUGAUGCCUGUGCCACAAAAAGGGAGUGCAUUGAAUGCCGGCUUUUCAACACUGGAAAAUUCGCAGACAACCACACCUGCCAGCGCAUGUGCAAAGAUGAGAUCAUUGUCAUGGAGACACUUGAUACAGAUGAUCCAGGCACUGUGCUGUGUUUGUAUAAAACUGAAAACGAUUGUGUAAUGAAGUUCACCUACUCCGAACAUGCCAGUGGUCAGUCUAUCCUGACUGCUCUGCAAGAGCCAGAGUGUGCAGCUGCCCCUGAUGCCAUGACAGUGCUGCUUGCCGUGGUUGGCAGCAUUUUGCUGGUGGGCAUUGUGCUGUUGGCCGCGUGGAAGCUGGUCAUCACCAUCCACGAUCGGCGCGAGUUUGCUCGCUUCCAAAGUGCACGCUCUCGAGCACGAUAUGAGAUGGCCUCCAACCCCCUCUACAAGCAGCCCAUAUCCACUCACUCGGUGGAGACGGCCUUCCCUAUGUACAGCAAGUCAUACAACGGUGGACUGCACUGAUCUCCGACAUGCUGGUUGGGGUUUGGAUACGGCUGGACCGGUCCAGUCACGCAGUUUACAGAUUUAUGGUGAAGAACAUGGAUUGACAUUUUGUCACAAAGACUUUACAACAGUAGACUGUAACGGUGUUAGUGUCUGUGGUCUGGUAGGAUUUUUUUUUCUUCCAGGACCUGAAAAUGUUGUGCCAUUUUCAUGAGGUCCAGUGCCUGAACCACAGUUGUGUGCUGGACUGUCUAUGCUCAUUCCAUUUGUUUUAGAUAAAGACUGCAUUUAGAAUGAGCUCAUAUAGUUUCUUAAAGAAAUGCCCAUGAUCCAAGAGGAACUUUCUGCUGCAUAAGUAAUGUACAUGCAACUACCUUGAGUGAAUGCGGAUUACGUACGUGCCCGUUUUAACCUCAAAUCCAUAUUCAGGAUGCAAAAUGCAGUAUAAUUUAUGGAAAACAGUGCAGACUUAGCACAGAUGCCUUUCACAACCGCCGAAACAAGCAGUGCAAACAAACGAAUAAUACAUGCAUGGUACAGCAGCUAACUGUAUAGAUUUAUACAACCUUAUCCUGUGUUUUUACAGAGUCUGGUACUAACAGAGUGAUAACUUUCUUACACUUUGUUUUGCACAUUGUAUAAAUUUAUAAAAAAAAACAAUACCAAUCUCA